AUGAGCCUGCUGCCAGCCGAGGAGGCGGCUUUCGAUCAGCUCCGAGCCCGGGGUUCGGAUGGGGAGGAAGACGACGAAGAGGUCGACAUCUUGGGCGACGGCGGUCGGGGAUUCCUCCGCCGGCAAGAGCAGCCCGAGAGCCGCGCCAGGGCGAGCGCGGCUAAAGCAGGGGCCGGGCAAGCACUCCACGGCGGGGCCGCCGCCGCCGCCGCCGCCGCCGCCCCCGAGGAGGGUCUGGCUAAGCCUCCGUACUCGUACAUCGCGCUGAUCACCAUGGCUAUCCUGCAGAGCCCGCAGCAAAAGCUGCCGCUGAGCGGGAUCUGCGCCUUCAUCCGCGGGCGCUUCCCUUACUACCGCCAGCGCUUCCCGGCCUGGCAGAACUCCAUCCGCCACAACCUGUCGCUCAACGACUGCUUCGUCAAGGUGCCCCGCGAGCCCGGCAGCCCCGGCAAAGGCAACUACUGGCGCCUCCACCCGGCCUCGCAGGACAUGUUCCACAACGGCAGCUUCCUCCGGCGCAGGAAGCGCUUCAAGCGGCCCCCGCUGCCUUUGGCCCCCGCUGCCUUUGGCCCCACCGGGAUCCUGCUCUUCCCGCCUCUGCCGCCGCCGCCGCCUCCCUGCGCCCUCAUCCACCCAGCGGGCUGCUCUCUGCCAGGCUACGCGCUGCCGCCGCCGGAAAGGAAGGGGGCGCCGUGCUCCUCGCAGGCGGGGAAGCGGCACAAGGGCGCCGGGAAGGAAGCCAAGCGGCCUCGUGCAGAGAGCGGCAGCGGCAGGUGCUCCUUCAGCAUCGAGAGCAUCAUGGGGGCCCCGCAAACGGCGCCUGCUGCCGUCGUGCAAUUCAGCGCGUUGCUCCCGCCCCCGCUCGCUGCCACGUGGAGCCGCUGCCCGGCUUGGCUGCCCCGCCCCCAGCAGCGCCUCUUCCCGGCCUCGAGGAGGGCCCCGCUGGGGUCUUGUGCCAGCCACGGCUCGGCCGCGCUGCUCACGGGUCACCCGCAGCUGAUCUCCGCCGCGGGAGGAACUUCAGCCGCUUUCUAA